AUGGGCUACGAAAAGGGUCGUGAUUUGGGAAAAAAUCUUCAAGGUCGAGCUGUACCUAUUCAAGUUGUUAAACGUCAAGGUAAAGGUGCAGUUGGUCGAUAUGGAAAUGAAGAUCCAAAUCGUGUUAUGCAUACUCAACAAUGUGAAAUUGAUGAAUCAACACGAACAUCGAAAAAAAAUGACGGUUCCAGUGUACCACAAUGGAGAAAACAACAACAAGAAAAAGCACCGAAACAACAAUAUGUUUAUAAAACUUUAAAUGAUGUAUUAAAAGAACACACAACGAAAUUUCAUAAUAAAAAAUCUAGCGGACCAAAAGGAGAAAAAAUUAUUGAUAUGACUGAACGUGAACCACGUAUUCUUCAAAAUUAUAACUCAAUAAGAACAAAACAAUAUGAUAAUGAACAAGUACUUGCAUUAAAUGAAUUAACACAUAAUCUUGAUUUAAUUAUUGAAUCAUGUGAAAAAUCGAUGAUUCAUUCACAUUGA